GGCUCUGAGGAUGGACUGUGCACUGCUGCUGCUCUCCCUGUGGGCUCUGGCUGGAACGGUGUCCCUGCAGACUUCAGGGUCGUGUCCGGAGAGACUUCUGGGAGACGAGAGGAGGAGGACGUGUCCUCGGCACUGCAAAGACGACAAAGACUGUGGCAGCAAGCGCCAGUGUCUGUGUGACGGCCAGUGUGGUCUCAGCUGUGUGGCUCCAGGUCGUACUUGUCCCUGGCCUCUGGCCUCCGGUGAGAACUCGGCGGCCCACCUCCUCUCACCCACUCACUCCUUCUCGGCCCUGCUUGAGGUGCGCUGCACGCCGGGGUUCUCGAUGCCCAAUGGCUUGGACGCCACUAUUCGCCGUUGUCAGGGUGACCGGCAGUGGAGUGGGGAUGAGCCCGUCUGCACAGGUGGGUUUGAGUUCAUCAGAAAAAAGGAAAAAACGAUUCUCACUCUGCUUCAUCCUCAUCACACAGAGGCAAUGAACAUCUGGAGGAGUGGAUUCAAUAUAUUGUCUUUUAUUCAACGAGAGCCGCAUGUGGAGGUCAGCGAUGGUCAGGGAACAAACAAAGCUCCUCGGAGACGGAGAGGCAGAGAGCGACAGACUGGGAUUCAGAAACGAAACCCGUCUGUGACUGGGACGACUGACACGCUGCACAACUGGGACCUAUUCUCCUCGUCACCAUAUGAAGCUGCUUCCCUACGGGUCCUCGGCCCAGCUGGGUCCUGGUCUCACCCUGGAGACUCUUUCUGUCUCUAUUUCAAAGAUGUGAACCAGGGAUACGAUUCUCAGCUCCCUCGUAGAGUGUGCACCUGCCGGGGGACGGGCAGAAGGUCCCUUUACAUUCUUAUAUUAACGUCUCUCGGCCUCCGAUACCUAAGACAGCCCUCAGAGACUCAGUCGGCCGAACCUGCCGCUGCCCAGACCUGCCCUCUGCCUGAGGAGGUCAUCGACACCUUCAGCAUCCAGGGCGACGCCACUGUAGGAACCUUCAUCCGCUACAGCUGCUUGUCUGGAGCCGAUAUAGUGGGGAGCAGUGAAAACUUCUGUCAGGACAAUCAGACCUGGCAGGAUCCUCAUCCCAUCUGCAAAAAGGUGUACUGUCAGCCUCUACGCGACGUGGAGCAGGGCUACGUGGUGGCCGUGCAGAAGACUGAAUAUGAGGUCGGCUUUGACAUCCACUACCUCUGCAAGAAGAACUUCCUCCUGGACGGACCCCAGAAGGUCACCUGCCUGUCCAACGGCAGCUGGAGCGGGUCGCCCCCUUACUGCAGAGCUCGCUGUCUCAUCCCUGCUGAGAGGAGCCGUGUGAUGAUCGGUGGAGUGAAGCGUUGGCCGUUUGACGUGACAGACGCCAUGGUGCCUCACGGAGAGAAGGUGGCGUUCUACUGCAAACAUCCUCCAAAGGCGUGCAGCUUUACUGCCAUCCAGACGUGCUCCGACGGAAAGCUGGAGCCACCAGCAUGCUAUCAGGAGCCCACAUGGCUGCAGUUCAAACUCUUCCCUCAUCGGCUCAUCUCGGAGAUCGAAGAGUGUGAGCACGCUGACGUGGAGGGACGACCUCGCACGUCCGACCUCGGCCCACCCUCCAACACUCAACAAUAACUCCCCCCCCCCCCCCCC